AUAGGUGCACUACAAAACCUUGUUAACACUCAACUGCACGUCGUCUCUCGUCUCUCUCUCUCUCUCCCUCCCGCCCUCCCGUCCCUUCCUCUGCCGAUGCCCAUUGCCCCUCUCAUCCCAACAUGGACAUCGAUUACUGCUCAGUUUGUUAUAAACAUAUCUCGCAUCAUGCAGUCUUCCGCCAACAACUACAAGCCCCUCAAGAUUACUAUGCCUCGUUACGAUUUACCCCUUCCUCUCAACACUUCAUCUUCUAGUCGUGGUGUUCGUUACCCAUAUUCCCAAAUGUCUUCUCCAAUGGACGACGUUAUUCCACCUUUUCCCUCUACUCGUCUUGCCCACAACAAACACCGACGUUCCUCGCCUGAACAACUCGCUCGAGACAUGGCAGCGAUUGAAGAAUCGUUUGCGGAUGCCUCGAUGUGUCCUACAAGGACACCCGCCGCUAUUACUACUUCAAGUAAUCGUACACACGUCCGGUCAACGACAACAAAAUGGAAAGGCGGAAAGGAUGAAAAUGGAAUUGCUCAUUGGGUAGCCGAUGUUCAAUGCGGUGGCCGUGGUCCCAACAAUAAUAACGUCCACCCCAACCAACGUUCGACUGCGCAGGAACGACAAGUCAGCGCGGUCGCACCAUCUGUCUCUGCGCCAGCCCCAGCUCGACAUGCUCUAAAUCCUAGUGCUUCACCUACACAACUACGUUCCAAUCCCCACAACGAUCCUCAUCAUCCUCAUCCCCACCAUAACCAUCAUAGAGCUCCGUCAUUCGCACUCUCACCUCGAGUGCUGGCGCCUCCCGCUCUGUCCACACAUCCCUCAUUUGAAGGUCAUGGUACGAAUUCACGUUCGGAAUUUGAUUAUUACUCUGGAGGUGAUGAUGACGAUGAUUUUGAGGAUUUUGAUGAGGAUGUCUUGACGGCCUUUUCAUCGGGGGUGAGCACCAGGACGACUACGACAACUACGACGAGUGUCAGCGGAAGUCAGAGAAACGGCAAUCUUUCUUCUUCCACCAAGAUGAGCGUGAAGGAUUCGCAAGUCACCGUACACCCGACUGCGAACCGAUCCGUCCCACCUUCACCCGUCACCCCCUUCACUCUGUCCCCUGCACCCGCCUCUAUCACACCCGCGCCCCUUUCACCUAACCUCAAUACUCACACCACCCAUCCCUCACACGCACACGCACAUCAUCCUCACCCCAACCCUCAUCAUCAUUAUCAUCACCAACAUCAAAAUCCUCCGUCCGCACUAACGCAAAGGCUUUGGCCACCUGCUGCUACCAAUGCUGGCGUUGGUAAGGGCGUGAAUGCUAAUGGUGGCGCUAUUGCCCAACAGCAACGAACACGACGCAAAAAGACAACCUUCCAACUUGGAGGUUCCUCAUCCCCGUUCGAUUCUUCUGAUUCAGAGGACGGGGGUUCGUGGUAUUCGGGGUCUGACUCGGCCUCUGGGUCUGGGUCUGAUGGGGACAGGCGGCCCGUCCCUCAACCUAAUCAUCAUCAUCAUCAUCAACAGCAGCAGCAGCAGCACUACUUGAAUCCUGUUGGUCCGCAGCCACGACGAGGGGGGAAUGAGACAGUUGGGAUGAAAGUGAUGAGUGUUUAUGAAGCGGGGUUGAGUGAUGAGGCUGUUUGGGCAAGCAGGGGGAGGACGAGCGGGAGGAGGUAUCCUCCAUCCCAUCCUGCUCAUCCUACUACUGCCGCUAGCACGGCAGCCAGUGGAGUAGCCCUCGUGCCUUCUGCGGGUGUUGGGAGGCGGGUGUUUGUAUAGAUGUGCCCCCUCUCCCCCCCCCCCCCCCCUUC